AUGGCGACGGCAACGGGCAACCAGGGCUGGGCCCAGCUACGGCAGCAGGCGCGCAGUCUUGAGUCUCAGACCGAGACUCUGUUCCACACAUAUUCACAAUACGCGACCGUGUCGAAUAUACCACCCAAGCCGACGCGGGAAGAGCAAGAGACCGAGACAAAACUGGAGGAGAUCUUAGAAAAGCGUGACAACGUAGUAAACCAGCUCGGCCGGCUGCUCGACUCGGAAGCGUCCCUGACUUCGUCGGCGCUCAAGCAAAACAACCUGUCCCUGCUGCGCGAGAAGCUCGCAGAGCACCGGCGGGACUUGAUCCGGCUGCGCUCGAACCUGGCCGACGCGCGCAACCGGGCGAACCUGCUGCACAACGUGCACGACGACAUCAACACGUACCGCGCGCAGAACCCCGAGGCCGCCGAGGCCGAGUACAUGCUCGAGGAGCGCAACCGCAUCGACAACAGCCACAACAUGGUCGACAGCGUGCUGAGCCAGGCGUACGUGACCAACGAGAGCUUCGCCCUGCAGCGCGAGACGCUGGCCAGCAUCAACCGCCGCAUCACCCUCGCCGCGAGCCAGGUGCCCGGCCUGAACACCCUGAUUGGCAAGAUCUCGGCCCGGAAGCGGAGGGACGGCAUCAUCAUGGGCGGGUUCAUUGCUUUCUGCUUCAUCAUAUUCUUCUUCUUCAUGUGA